AUGCCUUCUGCCAGCCAUAUACCCCUGCUAAACCCCAAUGCUACUCCCUUCCAGCCUCGAAGGUCCCGGGGCUCCCAAAGAACAACCAACUGCAACAACCUCAAACUGUUCGUCACGAGCCUCAACAUCGGGUUUUUGAAUAUCUGCAGCCUGCGCUACAAGCUGCAUGCACUGGACAGCCUUGCCCACCAGCACAACUGGGACGUCGUUGGCGUUGCUGAGACCUGGCUGGAUAGUACAAUCUCGGAUGGCGAAAUUUGUAUUCCCGGCUACAGUGUUGUUCGCUGUGACCGGCCCGAUCGCCAGGGUGGGGGCACAUGCCUCUAUUACAAGACAUCACUCCCAGUUACCUAUCGUUCUGAUCUGCACAAUAGCCACCUGGAGGCUUCCUGGAUAGCUAUUGGCGGAGGGCAACACCAGCACCUCGUUGGCUGCCUCUAUCGCCCACCAAAUGCAACUGCUGAUUUCUGGGGCCACCUGGACACAGUCCUCCACAAUGCUGCCACGAUCACGCCAUCAAUGACACUGGUGGGUGACUUUAAUAUCAAUCUGGCUCAAUGCAUGAGCAGUCGUCCUCACCAGCGCUUCUGGGACCUUAUCGGAUCGUAUGGGCUCCGCAACUAUGUUCAGUCUGCCACACGAGUCACACCCCGAUGUCCGGAUGGAACGCUGCUUGAUUUAGUGCUCUCCACCGUGGGUACUAUAAGUCAUUGUGAAGUUGUACCCUGCACGAUCAGCGAUCACUUCCUUGUGCAUGCAAGUCUGUCUCUACCCUCCUCGCAACACCAACUGCAGCGGAAAUCAGUGCGCCCCACCCGCAAGAUCCGUGCCAUUAACGUUGCAACAUUUCGUGAAGAUAUUGCCUCGUGCAGCCUCCACUCCUUUCCCCCUGCUGCAACUGUAGACGAGAUGUGGAAUGGCUGGCAUGCCAAGUUUAUGUCGGUUCUCGAAAGUCACGCUCCCCUGUGUGAAGUCAGAAUCUCCACCAGGAGGACUCCCCCGCCAUGGUCCGACCGUGAUCUAUUCCAACUGAACAUGCGCAAGAAUAUACUUCACCGAAAGUGGCUACGAGAUAAGACUAACGUGCAUCUACAUGAGGAGUACAAGCGAGCCCGUGCAGAAGCCUCAAAUGCUUACCGGCGAAAACGCAAUCAGCAUUUCCAACAGCAGUGUCGUGAUCACUCCUCCAACCUGCGGAAGAUGUGGUCCGUGAUCAACUCUGUCACUAGCCGUUCUCGUCAACAUCAUCAGCCAACGUGCGACAUCACAGAAGUCUCGGAUGCCUUCCACAGCAUUGUACAUGAUCCGUCCCGUCCGGCGCAGCUCCAGAUUCCCAUUGGUCCACAGCCGCAAGGCUCAAUGCUGACCUUCCAGUCAACCACCCCAGAUGAGGUCAAGCACCUCCUGGAACGGAUAAAUCCUUGCAAAGCCACAGGCAGUGAUGGGAUUCCUGGGUGUCUGCUACGUGCUUGCGCUGACCUGUUGGCUCCAUCGCUUUCAGUGCUCUUCAGCUCAUCGCUGAGGCAUGGUGAAGUCCCUCUGGCUUUCAAACAUGCUGUAAUAAGCCCUCUCUUCAAAGCUGGCGAUCCAUCGGUAGCUGCAAAUUAUCGUCCUGUGUCGCUCCUGCCGAUCGUAUCCAAACUACUCGAGAAGAUAGUCCAGAAGCAACUUGUUGCACAUCUGGAGCGAUCAUGUGCCAUACCACCGACUCAGUUUGCCUUCCGCCGUGAGCACUCCACAGAGGACGCCCUAGUUGUAGCAACAGAUGCCAUCUUAAAGGCCCGGGACGAUAAGUUGACCACAGGCGUCUGCCUAAUCGACAUGUCAAAAGCCUUUGACAAGGCUAUGAUGAAGCAUCUUCUAAACAAUCCAGAGCUGCAUAAGGUCGUGGAUAUGCUGAAAUCAAGUCAAAGUCUAAACGCCACUGUCAAGCAUUCUCGAAACAUCAUAGAAAAGUGCAACCUGAAGCAAGUGUCCUCUCAGCUUUACUGCGGACACUCCAGUAGCACCAAUGAUUGCAAGUUACUAGUUGUGUCCAAGAUGCUCUUGUUCUUCACGACACAUCCUCAGAGACCAAAUCAAACCUCAAUGGACUCCAAAGUGGACUUAGUGCUAGACAAUCCGUGA